AUGGCCUAUAUCGAUCGUUAUGUCAAUCGUGAACCUUUAAAUCGCGUUUGCACGAUCGCUUAUCGUAUCAUCUACUCCGAUUCGCUCCGAAAUCGAUUGUUCGCCAGAGAUAAAUGGCACCACCGUCAGUUUUGUGGAGAAAGAAGAAACACGGCACGGCGUCCGGCGGCCGAUCAUCGAGUUACGUCGGUGGACAGGCCAUUUUCGCAUCUCAAACGACGACGCGAUAUCGGGUCACCCGAUGUGACACAUAUACUGUUCACGCCGCGUAUAUAUGCGCACAAGGCAUUUAAUAAUCCAACGGAUUUACGGGCAUCUAGAAUCCUUGUAUUUUCCUCAGCUAUGCGCGCAGGCGAUCGUGGCGCCAUCCGCGACGAUGUCCGACGUUCCGUCGCUUCCUCGACCGUCGGACAAUUGCGUCAACGACGAGGCGGAGCGCACAAUGGCGUGCGAUACGUAACGUCUCGGCGGGGGAGUGUGUGGUCCCCUUCACCGCAAAGUGUCCUGGUGUUUUCGGACGUUUGCCCGUCGCAACUUCUGCGCGUCACAUUUAGUUUCCUGGAAUCAUCAGCGAUUCAAUACGACGCCACGACGUUCGAGAACGAUCCCAACGGACGACAAUGACGGAUAAGAUGUAGAUCUCUUACUGCGUGGGCUGCGU